AUGAAGCUGAUCACCUUCACUCUUCUGGUAGGCUGUGCACUAUCCACACCCGCCGCAGUCAACGCGUUCACUCCCACUCGUCGAGCAGCGAGCUGUGACGCAGCGAAGGUAGCCCAGCUUUCAGGAGGUAUACAAGCAAACCUGGAAGUCCAGAAGAACGAGCUUGCUGGAAUCAAGGACCUUCAGUCAAUCGGAGAAGCCAACUCAACUGAUUCGGCCAAUAAAUUCGCAGCCCAGAAAUUGAAGGUUCUUGCCAUUCAGCAGCAGGGUAUCGACAUCCGCGCCAUGAACCAGGCAAUUGCCGAUGAGAUCACGAGUCCUGCGACUGCGGGCUUGAAGACUGUGCAGGGGGCACAAGCAACGGAAAUGCGUCAGGUAAUGGGCUUGACAGGAAAUGGAAAGACGGACGAUGCGACUUAUCAAAUGUUGGUGCAGGAGGUUCAGGAUGGAACGAAGCAAAACCAGGCAAACUAUGCGGCUGCAAAAGGUCAGUGCAAGGCGUAA